AAGAAGAAGAAGAAGAAGAAGAAGAAGAAGAAGAAGAAGAAGAAGAAGAAGAAGACGACGACGACGACGACGACGACGAGUCGUUCUGUUUGUCUCAGUGAGACACCGUAUACUAAAGGUCAGCGUGGGACGGAAAGCAGCAGGCAAAUGGCAACCAACUUGGUGAAGCUAUCAGGUCUGCUCAGACCAGCGCUGGGUGGUCUGGCGAAGGUUUGUGUUUACCGGGAUGCGACCAUCGCGGCUCCGCUGACCCGCCUCUUCUCCCGUCUGGGGCGGGAAGUUCCGAAUCCAGCACGAGUCCGCCCAUUCUGGACCCAGGUGUCACCGUCUGACCUCAAUUUCGCGCCCUGCCACAGUAUUUUCCAACGGAUACAGCCCCUGCUGCCCAGCUUGGCACUACAUCCUGUCAGAAGCCUGACCUACUACAGUGUAAAGCGAGGGAAGAGGAAGACUGUGAAGGCGGUGGUGAAGCGGUUCCUGCGUCUGCAUUGUGGCUUGUGGUUGAGGAGAAAGUCUGGAUACAAGAAGAAGUUGUGGAAAAAGUUGCCAGCCAGGAGAACGCGCCUGAGGCAGCACGUGUUCUGCAACAGAACGCAGACCAAACUUCUAGACAAAAUGACCACAUCUUUCUGGAAAAGGAGGAACUGGUACCUCAAUGAUCCCUAUCAGAAGUAUCACGAUCGUACCAACCUCAAAGUGUAAAAUACUCAAUAACCCUUAUUAGAAAUAUUAUGAUUAUACUGAUCUCAAAAUGUAAAGGACUUACAAAUGCUCCUGAACUCUGCAGGCUCCAGAAAGCCAAGAGACAUCCCUUCUGUUGCAUUGAACAUUUUAAUAAAUUAACAAAGUGGCUUUUCAUCCUACUGCAGUUUUUUUUUUUCUUUGUUGGAAAUUUUUAUGCAAAGCUAAGUUCACUUGCGGCAUAAGCAUUAUUGGUCAUUGUUUUAAUGAACAAUACCAUAGUGUUACAGCUUCUGGAUUUUCAAAGAGAAGCUAUAGUGAAGCUAUACUCGGACAAACAAAUGAGGAAUUUACUGUAUUGUAUGUCUAGUGAAAGCUGUGUAGGGCACCCCUCUUAUUAAAAAAACUUAAAUUUUUAA